AUUAACUUGCCUUUUGUUUAGCUUGAUUUGUUAUUUUCUUAGCUGCUGAUUUUAUUCAGACAAAAGGAAAAAGAAAAUUUACCAUUCUUUUCAGAGACUGUGCCGAGGUUGAUAUUCAUAAAAUUCAUACUUUUAUAGACAGUCUGGGCUAUAAAAGUAAUAUAUUGUGUAAAAUUUUGUCAUUACAAUUCAGCUGCACAUUUUUUAUGCCAAUAUCCUUGAAGUCAAAAACAACUUUUUUUCUACAACUUUGUUUAUUUUACUUUUGAUUUUUAUUGAGUUAUUGGAUGGUAAAUAAAAAAUACGAAAUGACCAUCUGGUUUAUAACUGUUCAAUAUCCGAGUUAAGAACUUUUUAAACAAUAACUGAGUUACUUAAAUGUACUUUAAAAGGCGGCUGCCGAUAUCGAUUUUUAUUUGGUUUUCAUUCUGUUAAAAUCUUUUGAGUUAUAAUUGUGUAACCGUUAACACUUAAAAACAGGACUUUACCAUUUUUUCCGUGCGGUGUCACUUAUUUUGUACUAGCUUCAUGCUUAGUUUAUUACCCUGUUUUAUUGCAUAAGUCCCUUCUUUACUUUUGGUUACUAGUCCAAGAUUCCUUGAAUUAUGAUCCGAUUGUGGGUCAGCCUUAAUGUCGCGGUCUGAUUAGCCCAAAAUCGAAAACAAACUCCCCUCAAAAUGUGAAGAAAUCGACUUAAUGCGCAUUUCGUUCAAAUUUUCUCAAAUGAUUUCCGUGCUGAUUAUAAAAAUUUAUCCGCCUUCUUUCUAUUAUUCUUCCGACCAUCUAUAGAAAUUGAUUUCCAACAGUGCUUAAGAGAAGAUUUUACUUAUUGGUCUGUUUAAUCUGCACCUAAAGUAUAAUCCCCGCUGGUUUCAAAUCAGAGAAGUAAUCGAAAGAAAAAGUAGCUGCCUGUCGAUUAGACUCGCUUUUGUUACAAAAUCAAUCUUUUGCUAAAAAAUCAAUCUUUUUUUAAAAUGACAGCAAAAGCAGCUAGCAGUUUUACAUCUCUUCACUUUUUACCUUUUUCUUUAGACAGAAUUGUAGUUUUAUUUGUAUUUAUUCACUUUGAGAUGUUUUUUAAUGGAGUUAUGGCUCUGAAACUGGAAACAAACAGGGCUUUGAAACUUCAGGAGGAGUACAACAAGCAUCUGCGGCCAAAUCAUAAAGGGAAAACUGACAACGUGACAGUGGGCAUCCGGAUAUACAGCAUCGGACCCAUAUCUGAAACAGAAAUGACGAUGUCUUUCGACUGCUACUUUCGAUUGUUAUGGAAAGACGCGCGACUAAUUGAGACUGCCAGGUUUCUCAUCGAAGACCGGAAGAAACCCAAAACCGACAGAAAAGCCCGCAAGCAUGCCGAGUCAAUCCAAGAAGAAGUCGGACUGGUGAUUAAUCAGACGACAACUACAGGAGUUCCGUCUCUCGACACUUCGGCAACGAAGACGACUGCAGCGAGUAAGAAUCAAUCGGAAGAGGAAGCGAAGAAAAAAUCUGGUCCAGUUGAUUUUGUGCUCCUGGGGGAGGAGUACGCUGAAGCAAUUUGGAGUCCGGACUUGUUUUUUCCAGAUUCGGUAGACAUCGAGAGACCCGGAAAAGGAAUUCUGUCGGACAGCAGUGUGUUGGUGUUGUAUCUGAACGGAGAUGUGUUCCGAUCUAUGCGACUUCAAGUGAAGAGCCGGUGCAAAAUGGACCUCACUCUGUUCCCCAUGGACGUACAAGUGUGCGAUGUGUGUGUAGAGAGCUAUCAGUACCACAGUCUGGAUGUGAACAUUUCGUGGGGAGAUGAGUUUGUGAUUUUGGAGAAGGACAAGGUGAGAAAGUAUGGGACUGCCAAUUUCGACAUCAUCUACGACAACUUUUACUGGCGCAGAGAGACACAGAUCAAUUUCAACUACCCUUACGUGACCCUGUGUUUGACAAUCGAACUGAGGCGCAAGUUGAGCAUCUACCUGAUCACCAUCUACUUGCCCUCCAUCUCCCUGGUUGUGCUAUCCUGGGUGGGGUUCUGGAUCGACAAGAGAGCAGUGCCCGCCAGAGCAUCGCUCACAAUCACCACUAUUCUCGCACAGAUCACACUCAUCACUGGGGCUGCCAAUCAAUUUCCGGGAAUUGCCGAUCUGAAGCUGGUCGACCUCUAUCUGAUCGUGAACUUCUUCUAUGUCUUCGCCAGUCUCAUCGAGUUCGCCCUGGUGUCGUACGAGCCCCCCGUCAAAUCUAUCGGGAAGUCAUGGCUACAGAACACGAGGGAACGCAUGCGCAUGAUGAACGCCAAGAUGCCCACGGAGAGUCCCCGUGAGGGGGGCAGGAACAAUAAUAACAACAAGAUGGGGAGGUUGAGUGGGUUGAUUAGGCCCAAGAAGAUGUCCAAGGGGUCCAUGGGUGGCGGCGAGGGGGAUACGAUGACCUAUUGCAAUACUGUCGUUCAUCAGAUGGCAAUACUACAAACGAGAAAGGACGCUGCUAAGACCGUUGUUCACACAGAAGACGACCUUGAUAAAUCCAUGCGCGACAUAGUGUCAUCACAAAACAUCAAAGCCACCUUAGAGGGCGCGGUACGAAUAGACUCGGAACCCACGAUACUCAAUUCAGAUGAUCGAAAAUGUGGCAAUAACGGAGCUUCAUCUACAUUCAAACCUCACAAUGGAUUCCAAAAGCUGAAACCCAGCGAACCGAAGAAACAAGCGACGGGAAUGAGAGCCCUAAAGGAUAAAUGCAAGGAGAGUUUUACUGAGAGAAACGCUGACGACGUUUCCAAAAUCAUUUUCCCGACUACGUUUAUUUUCUGGAACUUGAUUUAUUUCGGUAUGAGUUUCCAUUUUGCAAACAGAUUUAAUUUUGAUAAUUCUUCGUAAAAGGUGCAAGUAAUGAUUUUAUAUCACACUGAGUAAUAUGAGUUAGUACUGAUAAUAGAUUGUUGCAAUAU